UCCGGUUCUCUAAGCAAACGUCCCACUUCGUAUUUUUAAGCUGGCUCUGGGUGGUUGCUGACAUACUUGAAGGCAGUAGCUACACAACAUGACUUUUAUUAGGAUGCUGCUUUUACCAAACAGGAAGAAAUUCUGUUCUGUGGUGUUUACGGCCGCACGUUUGUGCAGCAGCUGCCCACCAGCUGCGUGCAAAAACCCGGUGGUUUACUUUGAUAUUGCUGCUGACAACGAACUGCUCGGCAGAAUUAGCUUUGAGCUUAAUGCAAACGUAGUGCCAAAAACAGCAGAAAACUUCCGAGCGCUCUGUACAGGAGAACAUGGCUUUGGCUACAAGGGAUCCGUUUUCUUCAGGGUGAUCCCUCAGUUUAUAUGUCAGGGUGGAGAUAUUAUUUAUAACUUUGGAGGUGGUGAUAAGUCUAUCUAUGGAAAGAAUUUUCCUGAUGAGAACUUCAAGCUGAAGCACACUGGACCAGGUAUCCUGUCCAUGGCCAAUGCCGGACCGAACACCAAUGGAUCCCAGUUCUUUAUCUGCACCACUAAAACAGAUUGGUUGGAUGGCAAGUAUGUUGUCUUUGGAAAAGUAAAGGAGGGAAUGGAUGUGGUCAAGAAAAUGGAGUCUUUUGGUUCCAAGACUGGGUACACUUCAAAGAAGAUCACGAUCACGGACUGUGGAGAGCUCAAGUAGAUUUAAUGUAGAUAUGGUUAUUGUGUAAUCUCAUUUCCUGGUGAAUUUCAAUAAGAUGACCAAAGUGAAAGAGGUUUGCCUAGAGUGCUUCCUCUUUUGCUGAGUGUAGAUAAAUGCCGCAUUUUACAUUGUAUUAUUAGCAUUUUUCUGUUUCAAUGCCAUUUUAUGGGUUUUUCACAUGGAAAGCUGCAUUCCUAGCUUUUCAUUUUCAGUGUGAAGUAGCGCUGGUACAUGUACUGUGAAAAGAUCGGGGUAAAAUGUAAUUUUUGCCAGUGGGAGACUACUUCCAGCUGCAAAUUAAAAUUUGCAUGGGCAUAAAACUGAAUGCACCCGCAUUCCAAUCAGUUUGUGAGGUGUUCAGCUGCAUGGUCCUCAGUUUGAGAACAGGGUGGGAUGCACAUUCUGGGGGGGUUUACAUCAGGAAAGGGCAUCUGGUGUUUAAAAAAAGUCUGCCAUAUCAGAUAUUGGCACUGUGGCAUCAACUGAGAGAAGCUUUUUAUCUCUCUGCCUAUAAAAUGACCAGCUUUAUCACACUUUUGUACUUGGUAAUAUUCUGGUGGCUGCUCUUUGAAAUUUAAAAAAAAAAAGAGAGAGAGAGAGACUGUGCAUCUGCCCUAUUCCACAGCCCCGCGUUGCUGCAGGUUGCGAAACAACAUAUAAACCAAAAUCUAGCUUUUACAAACUCACUGUCCAAAGCUUUGCUGCUCCCCAGCUCUACUGCUGAUAUCGUCCAAUAUUUGCAGGUUUGCAGUUUCAUGCACAUGGCCAGAGUUCCGUGAAUUAGCUAAAGACCCCUACUCUGACAUUUGUGUGUAUAUUCUGCUUAUAGCAUGAUGCAUGUAUAACAUUUGGUUACAUUACACAGUGACAGCAACACACUUAUUCCAUGCAGUUUAUUUUUUAUGAUUGGGGUUUUAAUAAUAAAAUAAUAGACUUUU